AUGAGUGAUGCAGAGACAAAUUUGGCGUGGAGUUUCAGUGAUGAUACUCACUCAGGUUUCGAAAUUCCGGAUCUAUACUUGUCAGAUGAAUGGAUGGACAAUGAUCUUGUCUCUGCGGUUUCCGGGAUGAAUAAUUCUUAUGGUUAUCAGAUCAGUGAUCAUGCUUCCUCUGUUUUGUUCUCUGGUUCCUCUAGCAGUUUCAUUCAUCCCACAUCUCCAAGUAGUAUAGCUUCUGUUGCUGCUGCUACAACCACUGCUUCUGCUGGAAACCAAAUAAAGAAAGAAAAGAAGAAAGUUAAAGAGAGAGUUGCAUUCAAGACAAAAUCUGAUGUGGAAGUGCUUGAGGACGGGUUCAAGUGGAGAAAGUAUGGGAAGAAGAUGGUGAAGAACAGCCCACAUCCUAGAAACUACUAUAAAUGUGCAGCUGAUGGGUGUCCAGUGAAGAAAAGAGUUGAAAGAGAUAGAGAUGAUCCUAGCUUUGUGAUAACAACUUACGAGGGCUCCCACAAUCACUCAAGCAUCUACUAAAGCUCCUAAGGAUUUUUAUCAUUUAUUCGGUGUUAAUUACCUAAGGCAUAUGAAUCAAAUAUAUAACCAGUGAUAUUCACGGUAUGUACCUUAUGAAUCUGUUCUUGAGACUUAUUUUUGUGAACAUUAUGUUCUUGAGACUUAUCAAUGGUUAUCA